AUGUCGGCAGCCUACAAGGACACGCUCGACUCCCUCUUCGCCGAGCUCAAGUCUCGCAAUGAACGCACCCGACAAGACGCCGCCCAGCGAUUGCUGCACCAGGUCAAUGCGGCCUUCCGUGAGCUGCCACCAGGCCAGUUUGCCGGCUACUACAACGAUGUCAACUCCCGCAUGGUCGCCAUGAUCCUCAGCGGCAACGACACCCACGAACGCACCGGCGGCCUAUACGCACUUAAUGCCUUGAUCGACUUCAAGGGGGAUGAUGUUGGACAGAAGGUCACAAAGUUCAGCAACUACAUCAAGCGGACGUUGGAGGGCAAUGAUACGAGCGCCAUGAUUGUCGCUGCAAAGUGCUUGGGAAGACUGGCGACCCCGGGCGGAGCAUGGACAGCAGAGCUGGUGGAGGCUGAGGUCAAGCACGCUCUGGAGUGGCUUACCUCAGAGCGCAACGAGAACAGACGGUUCGCUGCAGUCCUGAUACUUCGCGAGCUUGCACGGAACAGCUCGACACUGCUGUAUAUGUACGUCCCUGGCAUCUUGGUCAGUCUGUGGGAGGGCCUCAGAGAUCAGAAGGUCGUUAUACGGGAGACCGCUGCCGAAGUCGCUUUCCAAUGCUUCAAGAUUCUUGCCCUGCGCGAUGCGCAACAGCGAUUGACGUGCCUCACCCGCAUGUUCGAGGGCGCACAGGACGGCUUCAGACGAGGAACCCCUGAAUGUAUACAUGGAUCACUUUUGGUGUACAAAGAACUUCUGGCACAAGGCGCCAUGUUCAUGCAAGGUUCCAAAUACAAAGACGCAUGUGAGCGAGUCUUGACCCAGCAAUAUCGCGAACAUCGAGACCCCACGAUUCGACGGACUGUUGUCGAAAUUAUUCCUCUUCUGGCGGCGUAUGCACCCAAGGACUUCUGCUCUCACUACCUCAAUCGGUCGAUGCAGCACCUGCAAGCUCUGUUGAAGGACCCAAAGCAGAGGAACAUGGCCUUUGUCGCUAUUGGCAAGAUUGCGAAUGCAGUGGGAGGGUCGAUUACUCCCUUUCUGGACACCAUCCUAUUGCAAGUCCGAGACGCACUUUCGGUGAAAAACAGAUCGAAGCAUUCGGACGAGGCACCGAUCUUUGAGUGCAUUAGCAUGCUAUCGAUCGCGCUCAAUCAAACACUCAGCAAGUACAUGGAGGCUCUUCUCGACCCCAUAUUCGCCUGUGGCCUGUCCGAUGCACUUACUCAAGCCCUGGUGGACAUGGCUCACUACAUCCCACCUAUCAAAUCGACUAUCCAGGAGAAACUGCUUGACCUGCUCAGCCGGACGCUCUGUGGUCAACAGUUUCAGAUGCUCGGACACCCAACUCAAGGGAAAGGUCCACCUCCAAUCUACACCAAAGAGUAUAGAGACCAGCGGGAUCCACAGCACCUAGAGCACAAGGAUCAGGAGAUUGCGUUGGCGUUGCACACGCUUGGCUCAUUCGAUUUCAGCGGACAUGUUUUGAACGAGUUCGUCCGGGAUGUCGCGAUUCGAUAUGUCGAAGAUGACGACGCCAACAUACGCAAGGCUGCAGCAUUAACAUCUUGUCAGCUGUUCGUCAAGGAUCCGAUUGUGCACCAGACCAGUCACCACGCGAUUCAGGUCGUUUCGGAUGUCAUAGAGAAGCUACUCACGGUUGGUGUGGCGGACCCAGUCCCGGACAUCAGAGAAACAGUACUUCGAUCUCUUGACGCUCGUUUUGAUCGACACUUGGCUAAGGCUGAGAACGUGCGAACUUUGUUCCUCGCCCUCAACGACGAGCGAUUCGCCAUCCGAGAAGGGGCCAUGACAAUCAUCGGCAGAUUGACAGCAGUGAACCCUGCUUAUGUCUUCCCGUCACUACGCAAGGUACUCAUUCAGCUGCUGACGGAGAUUGAGUAUUCGAAUAGUGCCAACAACAAGCGGGAGUCUGCGCAACUCAUCAGUCACCUUGUCAGUGCCAGCAGCAAGCUCAUCAAGCCCUACGUCGACCCAAUGGUGACAGUAUUGCUGCCCAAGACAGAAGACCCAAACUUCGAGGUCGCAGCGACAACGUUGCGGGCCAUUGGGGACCUUGCUAGCGUUGGUGGAGAGGGAAUGGUGAAGUACAUCCCAGAUCUCAUGAGAAUCAUCAUUCGCAGCCUGCAAGAUCUAUCAUCACCGAAGAAGCGGGAAGCUGCCCUGUGCACUCUUGGUCAACUCGCCAGCAACAGCGGCUAUGUCAUCCAGCCGUAUACUGACCAUCCGGAAUUGCUCUCGAUACUCGUCAACAUUGUCAAAAAUGAGGCUCCGGGAGAACUACGGCGCGAGACCAUUCGCCUCAUCGGUAUCCUGGGAGCGCUUGACCCCUAUAAGCACCAGCAGGUUAUCGAAGAGUCCCCUGAGUCAACCCUGAAGGCGGAGGCUGAAGCUGAGUCCGAUGUGACACUGAUCAUGAAGGGCAUCACGCCAAGCAAUGAAGACUACUAUCCGACAGUCGUCAUCAACACCUUGAUGGGUAUGCUCAAAGAAGACACUUUGAAGCAGUACCACUCCGGAGUGGUCGAGGCAGUGAUGAACAUCUAUGCCACGAUGGGCAUGAAGUGUGUUCCAUUUCUAAAUACCGUGGUACCUGGCAUUGUCGGCGUCCUGAAGGAUGCAACAUCAGAUGUCCGUCUCGAAGGCUACUUCAGCCAGCUGAGUCUGUUAGUCAAGAUUGUCAAGCAGCACAUUCGACCACACUUGCAUGUGAUUCUGGAUGCAGUGAGUGAUCAUUGGUACAAGAGUGUUCAGCUCCAGGCUACAAUCUUGGGACUCAUCGAGAGUAUCGCCCGAAGCCUAGAAGGCGAAUUCAAGAUCUACCUCGCCAAUGUUCUGCCACUCAUGCUGGGAGUCCUUGACGCCGACAGCCGCACAGAGGCUGGCCGUGCAGCCUGCCAGCGGGUAUUGCACGCUUUCCUGAUAUUUGGUGCCAGCGCCGAGGAGUACAUGCAUUUGAUCAUACCCGUCAUCGUCCGCAUGUUUGACAUUGCCGAUGGGCGUUUUCGACACCGCGAGGUACGGAGGUCUGCGAUCGAGACGAUCGGUCGGCUCAGCAAGCAGGUCAACAUCUCCGAAUUUGCAGCAAAGAUCAUUCACCCCCUCGCCCGCGUUCUUCAAGGCAACGACAGCGCUCUCAAACCAGCAGCAAUGGAGACGCUCUGUGCACUGAUCUUCCAGCUGGGCCAGGACUUCUUGCAUUUUGUUCCCACCAUUGACAAGAUACUGCAACAGCAACGCAUCAACUUCACCGCAUACAACCUGAUUGUCAGUAAAUUGAAGAAGCACGAAGCAUUACCCCAAGACCUCAGCCCAGAAGAGAGGUACAACGAUGACGGCGAUGACCAGUACACAUCGGAGAUCGCCACCAAGAAGCUGGCCGUCAACCAACAGCAUCUCAAGAACGCAUGGGAGGCAAGCCAAAAGUCGACCAGAGAAGACUGGCAGGAGUGGAUGCGUCGAUUUUCCGUCGAAUUGCUCAGAGAAAGCCCUCAGCAGGCGCUCAGAGCUUGCACUAACUUGGCAAGCGUCUACGCGCCACUCGCACGUAGCCUGUUCAACAGUGCUUUUGUGAGUUGCUGGACAGAGCUCUAUGAUCAGUACCAAGAGGAGCUCGUGCGAUCUAUCGAGGUUGCUUUGACGAGCAACACAAUUCCUCCUGAGAUUCUCCAAGUCUUGCUCAACCUGGCCGAGUUUAUGGAGCAUGACGACAAAGCUUUGCCGAUAGACGUCCGCACUCUGGGAAUGUAUGCUGGCAAAUGCCACGCCUUUGCAAAAGCAUUACACUACAAAGAACUGGAGUUCAAUGCCGAGCAGAACGCGAGCGCAGUGGAGGCGCUGAUCUCCAUCAACAAUCAACUUCAGCAGACUGAUGCCGCCUUCGGAAUUCUUAGGAAGGCCCAAGGGUACAACGACGUUGAACUCAAGGAGACAUGGUUUGAGAAGCUGCAGCGAUGGGAGGAUGCUUUGAUUGCGUACCAACAACGCGAGGAGCAAGAAGGCGGCCCACAAAGCGCCUCCUUCGAGGUGGUUAUGGGCAAGAUGCGGUGUCUGCACGCUUUGGGUGAGUGGGACACAUUGUCCUCCAUGGCCCAAGACAAGUGGCAGAGCUCUACACCCGAGAACAAGCGACAUCUUGCUCCUUUGGCAGCAGCCGCCGCCUGGGGAAUGGGACAGUGGGACAUCAUGGAUGAUUACCUGAGCGUCAUGAAGCCGAACACUCCUGAUCGAAGUUUCUUCGGCGCCAUCCUGGCUAUCCAUCGGAACCACUUUGAGGAAGCUCACGCAAAUAUUGCCAGAGCUCGCGAUGGACUGGACACUGAACUGUCUGCGCUGCUUGGCGAGAGCUAUACGCGGGCAUACAGCGUGAUUGUCAGAGUCCAGAUGUUGUCCGAGCUGGAGGAGAUCAUUACAUACAAGCAGCAUUUCAAUGAUCCUGAGAAGCAGGAGCGAAUGCGUGCCACUUGGACUAAGCGACUGAAGGGUUGCCAGCGCCAAGUCGAUAUCUGGCAACGCAUGCUGAAAGUCCGAGCUCUGGUUAUCACGCCCCAGGAGAACACGGAGAUGUAUAUCAAGUUCGCUUCUAUUUGCCGCAAGGCCCAGCGGAUGGGGUUGGCUGAAAAGAGUUUGAACAGCCUUCUGGGAACCGCUGGAAGCAUUAACAUGCUACUGUCAGAACCAGACGGGUGGAACAAGGUCAAAGCUGCGCCAUAUCCGGUCCAGUAUGCCACUUUCAAGUUCUUGUGGAGCAUUGACCAGCAGGACACCGCACUUGCGGCUCUCCGAGACUUCACCGUCAGAUUGCGUGGCGACUUCGACGAGAAAAAUGCCGCCGCUCUCACCGCUGCAGGACCUGGUAUGAACGGCCUCAACAACGUCAGCUUCUUGAAUGGUUCGAAUGGCACGAACGGCGUCAACGGAGUCAACGGCAUCCAUAGCAACGGCCCAUUCGGUGCGCCUCACGCUCAGCAGCUGUCGUUGAAAGAGAAGGCCGAACUGGAUGAAUGGAAAAUGCUUCUUGCGCGCUGUUACUUGAAGCAAGGAGACUGGCUGACGAGACUUCACGACACCGACUGGCACCAGUCCGGCCACGUUCAAGAGGUUCUUACUGCGUACUACUCCGCAACGAGGUACAACGAGAACUGGUACAAGGCGUGGCACUCCUGGGCGCUUGCCAACUUCGAAGUCGUUACUUCCAUGACGGCCGGAGAUCGCGAGCAAGCAGACGUUCCGCCACAUGUGGUCAGCGAACAUGUCGUUCCUGCCAUAAACGGCUUCUUCAAGAGCAUUGCGUUAUCUUCGACCAGCUCGUUGCAAGACACACUUCGACUGUUGACACUGUGGUUCGCACACGGCGCGAAUCCUGAAGUCACGCAUUCUGUCAUCAAAGGCAUUGCAUCUGUCAGCGUCGACACUUGGUUGGAGGUUAUCCCACAAUUAAUCGCACGAAUCAGUCAAACCAACAAGCUUGUUCGCGAAGGCAUUCACAAUCUGUUGGUCGACAUCGGUCGCACCCACCCACAGGCUUUGGUCUAUCCUCUCACCGUCAGUAUGAAGAGCGACGUCCCAAGUCGGUCGAUCACAGCUUCAAUGAUCAUGGAAGCCAUGAGACAGCAUUCACCGAAGCUUGUGGAGCAAGCUAGUCUUGUCAGUCACGAACUCAUCCGCAUCGCGGUCCUUUGGCAUGAGCAAUGGCAUGAAGCCUUGGAGGAAGCAUCACGGCUGUAUUUUGGCGAUCAUAACAUCUCGGGCAUGCUUGCAACUCUAGAGCCACUCCACGAGACGUUGAGGAAAGGACCGGAGACUCUGCGCGAGAUCUCGUUCAUACAAUCUUUCGGACGCGACCUUAAUGAAGCUCGUGAUUGGUGCGAAGCCUACAAGUCGACCCAGGAGAUUGGCGAUCUCAACCAAGCCUGGGACUUGUACUAUGGCGUGUUCAAGCGCAUCGGGAGGCAAUUGCCUCAACUCAUGAGCCUCGAGCUGCAGUACGUGUCGCCAGAGCUCAAGAAUGCGCACGAUCUCGAGCUUGCAGUACCUGGUACCUACCAGAGUGGCAAACCUAUUGUGCGUAUUCAAAGCUUCGACCCGGUGGCGACUGUCAUCUCAUCGAAACAACGACCACGCAAAUUGAGCAUGCGAGGCAGCGACGGCAACAAGUAUGACUUCAUCAUCAAGGGUCAUGAAGACAUUCGUCAAGACGAGCGAGUCAUGCAGCUGUUCGGCCUGGUCAACACUCUGCUCGCCACGGAUCCAGAGUGUCUCAAGCGUCAUCUCAACAUUCAGCGCUACUCUGCCACCCCUCUAUCGACUCAAGCCGGUAUCAUGGGAUGGGUGCCAAACUCGGACACGCUACACGUCCUCAUUCGCGAAUACCGCGAGAGUCGCAAGAUUCUGCUCAACAUCGAGCAUCGUAUCAUGUUGCAGAUGGCUCCUGACUACGACAACCUGACUCUCAUGCAGAAGGUUGAAGUUUUCGGCUAUGCUCUCGACAAUACUACUGGCCAGGACUUGUAUCGCGUGCUCUGGCUAAAGAGUAAGUCGUCUGAGGCAUGGCUUGAUCGCCGUACGAACUACACGCGAUCACUGGGCGUCAUGUCCAUGGUGGGCUACAUUCUUGGUCUGGGAGACCGACAUCCAAGCAAUCUUAUGCUGGAUCGCGUCACUGGCAAGAUCAUUCACAUCGAUUUCGGCGAUUGUUUCGAAGUUGCCAUGCAUCGGGAGAAAUACCCUGAGCGUGUGCCAUUCCGGUUGACGAGGAUGUUGACAUUCGCAAUGGAAGUCAGUAACAUCGAGGGAUCAUUCCGCACGACCUGCGAGCACGUCAUGCGUCUCAUUCGCGACAACAAAGAGUCCCUGAUGGCCGUACUUGAAGCCUUCGUUCACGAUCCACUCCUAACCUGGCGCCUGGGUACUCGUGAGAGUCCACCAGAACCCUCAUUCCAAUCUGAGCGUCGCACAUCCAUCAUGGGCCCCACCGAUGGACCAGCUGGAGGGCGCCGGCCUUCUGUUAUGGGAGGUGAUCCGAACGGCCCAGCGGGCGAGCGUCCUAGCAAUUCCUUCCGACCUCGCAACCGCGCCUCUACCCUUGUCAAUGGCCAUCUCGACGCGGCGGAUAAGGAGGUUCAGAAUGCCCGAGCGCUGCAAGUGCUGUCGAGAGUGAAGGAGAAGCUGACGGGCAGAGACUUCAAGAAAGAGACCGAACUCAAUAUCCAGGAUCAGGUGGAGCGCUUGCUCAGCGAGGCUACGAACCUUGAGAAUCUUUGCCAGCACUACAUCGGGUGGUGUAGUUUCUGGUAG